AUGGAGCUUCUAAGCUAUCUCGGAAUCGCGCUUAUCGUCCUCGGAAUCGAUGCGGCUAUUGAAUUGGCACUUCUUAGUAGUAUGGUUGGAUAUCUUCAUCGUUCGGGCGCCAAUGAAUAUCCUUUCCGUGGCCAAACAUCUGGAAGUGUUAUACUCAUCAACGCUAAACCAAAAGGUCUGGGUACGAAUGAGGGGCAUUUGAGUAAUGGUGCCGCUGGAACUACUCUCGUUUUGAUAUGUCUUGUUGGAUCUGGUGUUUGGUUUAUGGAAAGGCGUCGCAGAAUGAAAUCUAAUGCAGUCGGCGCAUCGAAAAUAUUUUGGGUCUAUACAGUCUUCACCAUCCUCUCGUUUCUUCUUACUACGUCUGCACUUGGUGCAUUUUUCGAAGUUACUCGUCAAUUAAGAGGCAAGCAUAUCGACAAAACCAUCGCGGCUCUGCAUCAACAUCAAGCAUACCCACUUGACAAAUGGACGCCAGGAACAUGGACCAAAGCCCUCCUAGAACUACCCCUCACGAUGGACCGCGACAGAGACUACCUAAACCACUGGCUCAUCAUCAUGAAAGGCAAUCUCUACAACCUCAUCCCGCUGUUCCUGCUGAACGGCGUCGUCGCGGUAUUGGCUGUCAUGGUUGCGUUGGAUAAGACACCAAGACAUAGUCCUGUGAAGAAUGUUGAGGAGACUGUCGAAGCAAAGCGUUAA